AUGGGGUGCUCUCAAUUUCAACUUGAGACCUACCGCGCGAGGCAGGCUGCGGCAGCAGCAGCAGCAGCAGCAUCAGCAACUGCAGGGCCACCCUCCCAGGCUGUGGCCCCCGUCGUGCAGCAGCAUCCGUCAGCUUCGACGCCACGCCGCCCGACAGCCCCAGCCGGCGCCGUCCCCUGCGCCAUGAGCGCGCCGCCGCAGGCGGCCAGCCGCGGCCCCGGCACGCCGCCCCCCGCGCCGGCGCACGCGGGUUCGCUUCCCAUUAGCGUGCACGAGCCAGCAGCUCCGGCCGGCUCGCCAAGCAUGACAGCUGUAGACGUGAUGCGCGCCAUGCGCCUGCAGUCGGCGCCGGCGCCCGCCCGCUCCCCGCUCGCGCCGCAUGCGGCUGCCAUGGAACACGGCGCCUCGGGGCCCGCCAUGGGGCCAUGGGGCCAGUCGGCGGUGCCCGGCGCCCGCGGGGCCGCGCAUGACGCUGCCGCAGGUUAUGAGGCCGGCGUCUCCAGCGGGGCGCCCGGCAGCACAUGGCAGGCCUUUGCAGCGCCCGCAGGCUUCCGCGGCGCCGCCGCCUGCGACAACAGCAUAUGGGCGGCGCCAGGGCCCAUGGCGCCUGGCUUUCCGGCUGCCAAUCCCCUCACCUGGCGCAACGGGCCGCAGUUCCAGCAGCAGCAGCAGCAGCAGCAGCAGCAGCAGCAGCACCAGCAGCAGCAAGAGCAGCAGCAGCAGCAGCAAGAGCAGCAGCAGCAGCAGCGGCCGCCGGGGUCGCCAGUUGCUGCGAUGACGGUUGAUGGUGACGCCAUGCCGCCGGCCCUGCCUGACAGCGCCAUCGGCGACACGCACGACCCAUCCGCCGCGCCAGCGCACGGCGGGCCAGCGCAGGGCGCCCCAGGUGGCACCAGCGGGCGCGGCCAAAGCGGUGGAGGGGUGACACAGCGCCUCGGAGGCGCCCAGCAGCAACACGCGGCCAGCCCUGGCCCCAACGACAAGCUCUCGCGCCGGCGCUUGCUGCGCGCAACGCGCUCGGCCCCCCAGGCGCCUCAGCCCGGCGGCACCGCUCCCGCCGCGCCGCCAGGCGGCGAGGUGCCUUUCGAGGAGCCCGCGCCUCUGUCAGCCGCGGGGCCGUCGUCUGGCGAGGCUCAGCCGCCGCCUGGGGCCCCGCCGCCGCCCGCCGCGGGGCCGCCGUCAGCCUCAGGGCCGCCGUCAUCCGCGGCGCCGCAGCUGUCUCCCGCGCCGCCGCCCCCCGCGGCACCGCCGCUGCCCGCCGCAGGGGGGUCCUUCGCUGCGUGGUUGGGGUCGUCCGCGGCGCCGCGGCUGUCUGCGGCGCCGCCGCCUCCCGUGGCGCGGUCGCUGUCUGCUGCAGGGCCGUCCUUAGCCACGGGGCUGCCGCCGCCCGGUGCUUUGAAUGAACCACUAAAGGCAAAGUCCUACACUCCCCUGAUCAACUACGCUGGCCACCCGGCAUCUGGCGGCCAUGGCGUGGGAGGCAGCAGCAUCAACAGUCCCUCCACGGCCGCCCGGGCGGGCCCUGCUGCGACCCAGGGCCCCGCCCCUUGCGGCGCUGGUGCAGCCGACGCCGGUGGCGGCGGCGGCGGUGAGGAGGAGAAGGGCAGCGGUGAGGCGGAGGGCGGCGGUGAGGCAGAGGGCGGCGGCGCGGCGGAUGGCGGCGGCGGUGGAGAGGCAGAGGUCCGCGCAGAGCAGGAGGACGAUGACGAGGACUCGCUCAAGUUUUGGGUCACUGACGUGGCGGCCGGCGCAAACGCCACCCUGCCGUCCCUGCCAGAGGCGCGCUCGCGCCGGCCCCUGUGCCUGCCGAUCGUCGCCACAUCAGCCAGAGCGGGUCCCGGCACCACGGAGAUCAUGACAGUGCUGGACGGGUUGACAGUGGCGAUGAACAUCAUGGACGACCCACGGCAUGACCUGACCACCGAGUUCGCCGCCGCGGCGGCUGUGGCGGCGGCCAAGUGCCCCCGCGGGCGCAGCUACCGAUGCUCGCCGGGCGGCGCCGCAAGCCACGUCAUGCGCAUGUACGCGCUCGGGCGCGUGGCGCGCUGCGGCGGCGAGCCGCGCCCUGCGAUCCUCAUGGAGUGGGCGGGAUGGGAAACGCUGCGGGAACGGAUCUACUACUAUGACUUCACCCCCCAGGCGAGCCGCUCGCGCUCGCGCCAGCGCGAAGCCCGCGCCGGCACGCCGCCCGCACAUCCAAGGGGAUCCGCCCAGUGCAAGGCCUACGGCGCAGCAUGCACCUGGGGCCCCGGGAACGCUGCCCAUGGCAUCCCAACCUUCGACGCACGCGCCAUGACCCGCGACUCGCUGGCGGAGCUGCGCCAGGUGACGCUGCAGCUGCUCGUCGGGCUGCACCAACUCGACGUGCACGCGCACGUAAUCCACCAGGACAUCAAUCCGGGGAACGUGCGCAUGUUCGGCCUGAAACCGAUGCACGUGAAGAUUUGCGGCUUCGGCCUGGCGGUCAUCGCGCACGGCAAGGUCAGUCACUCAUCAAACAUCGGCAUGCACGGGUAUGUCGCGCCAGAGAUCGCGCUUCCGGCCGGCGGCGGCCGCAGCGGCGAGGGCGACGGCGGCGGCGGCAGCGGCAGGAGCGACGGCGGCGGCGCGGGCGGCGGCGGCGCGGCGCACACCGCGUCAUGCGACCUGUUUGGCGUCGGAGUCACGGUGCUCGAGCUCGCGGCCCGCGCGCGCCUGGAGCCGGCCGUCGCCGCGCAGUGCGGCUACGACGGCCCCUUCCCCCUCGCGCAGCGCGUCAUGGACACGUCGCGGCCGCCGCUCGCGGACGACCUGCCGCCGGUGUUCGCGGCCGCGGUGCGCGCGGCGGACCCGACCGGCGGGCUGCAGGAUUUCCUGCGCGCGGCGCUCGCGCCGGCGGGGCGGCGGCCGACGGCCGACCGCGUGCUGACCAUCGCCUAUGAAGCCGCAGGGCAGGAGGACCCCGGGGGCAGCUGCUUCCAGUGGCUGCUGCGCGGCCGCAGGUGA